AUAUAUAUAUAUAUAACACAUCCGAUGUAUGCAAAUAAUUUUAACCCCUCUUCUUAUACGUUUUUUGCUCUUCAACUCCCCUCUACAAACAAGGAUCACCUCUCACCUCUCCCUCCCUCUCUCUCUCUCUAGACCUCUCUCUCUCUCUAAGAUGCCGAGGAACAGCAUCGUCGCGGCGUUCCCACGAGACCUCAUCGAGGAGGUCCUCGCGAGAGUCGCCUCCGACUCUCCGACCCCGCUCCGCGACCUCACCAACCUGCGAAGAUCGUGCAAGGUGUUGUACGAGAUGUCGAAGUCGCGGGAGGUCGGACGGCGAAUGGCGGUGGAGAGGGAAGGAAUGCUCAGCUGGUGGGAUCGGGAAAAAUUUCUCGACUUGAUUCGGAGCUGCGCGAAGAGCGGAAACCUCGAAGCUUGCUUCGUUCUCGGACUGGACGAAUUCUACAACAAGAGGAGGAGAGCCGAGGGGCUGCGCCACCUCCGGGAGGCCGCGGCCGGGGGCCACCGCGCGGCGGCCUACGCCGCCGGCAUGCUCCUCUUCCGCCGCCCGAGCACGCGCCGCCUGGGCAUUGAGCAGCUCGAAAGCGUCGCCGACGUCGGUGGCGCGGCGGCGGUCGGGAAGUGGCGGAGGGAGGCGGCGUCCGGCGUGCGGGCGAUCACGUGGAAGCGGUGGCGGCGGCGGCCGCUGAAGCGGAGCAGCGAGGAGGGGCCGUGCGCGGACCGACGGUGCGGCGCGGCCGCGGCGGCGGCGGAGAAGGGAGGUGGUGAGUGGUGGUGGGAGGGGGAGGAGAGGGAGAGGAGGUUUUGUAGUAGGGAGUGUAGGUGGAGGCAUGAAUACUACAAGUUCAUAGAGACCAUAUAGAGUAUCCGUACUACGUAGACGUAGUAGUAGUAGUAGUUUUUCUUUUUUUUU